AUGUCGAAUCCCUCCUUCGACUCCCCCCGACGAUCCGCUGCGUUCGCUCGCCAGCCGGAGGAACUUCAUAUUCCAUCCACGGGCCUGAUAAAUCAGAAUUUGUCCCGUCAGCCUCCCUCCCAUGACUUUCCCACGAACCCAGAUACAGGUGCAGGCGCGGCCCAGGUCCCCUCGAUCAAUGUCCAACCAUCGCAAUCUUUGCAGUAUGGAAGCGGUAGUGGAAACAGCAAUAACACUCUACCAGGCGCCUUGACCCCGGGAGGUCAGAACCGUCCUCCAGCUGUCUCGGCCAAUACAGCCCCGUCGACCAUCCCCACCUUGCCGUCAUCACAGCAGUCCAGCCACCGAUCGAGCAUGAUUAACUCUCAUGGACACUCACGAUCGAGCCCGGCUGGAUUCGACCAGCCCAUGUACAAGCAGCACGGUGCACCUGAGGACAACAAGUAUCCUACAUCCCCCGGGCCUGGAUACCCACCUCAGACCCCGCAAGGCUCCAAGUAUUCGCCGCUCGGCCUGGCCGACGUUCGUCUUCCUGGUGACCAUUACCUAGGGGGCUCGCUUAUGAGCCCAGGUGCAGCUCCGUACAACAGCGAUAAUCAGGUGCCCACCAAUAGCAACUACAUCGCACCGUGGCCUAUAUACGCGGUUGAUUGGUGCAAAUGGCCAAUCUCAGGGAGCUCGAGUUCAUUUGGAGGCAAAUUGGCCCUGGGAAGUCAUCUCGAAGACAACCACAACUAUAUUCAAAUUGUUGAUACGCACUGGGCCCAGCCCGACCCUGAUACCCCAGAUGCGGCAGCAGGGGAGAUCAAGUUAGAAUAUGUCAAAACAGCCGAAGCGACACAUUCAUAUCCCGUCACACGUAUUUUAUGGGAGCCGCCAUCGUCUCAAAAACAAUCCACUGAUUUGCUCGCUACCUCGGGUGAUCACCUUCGUCUGUGGUCACUUCCCAAUUCCCAACCGCUACCGAGCUCAAACAGUAUAACGCGGUCUUCAAGUCAACGGGAGGCUCCUUGUGCUAAGCUGUCCCCGUUGGCGCUGCUCUCCAAUUCCAAAUCCCCCGAGCACACUGCCCCGAUAACCUCAUUGGACUGGAACACGAUCUCACCCAGCUUGAUAAUUACAUCCAGUAUUGAUACAACCUGCACAAUUUGGGAUAUCCCUACCUUGACAGCCAAAACACAGCUUAUUGCUCACGAUAAGGAAGUCUUUGAUGUUCGGUUCUGUGCCAACAGUGUUGAUGUUUUCGUCAGCUGUGGUGCAGAUGGUAGUGUCCGCAUGUUUGAUCUGCGGAGCCUGGAGCACAGCACUAUCAUUUACGAGCCAUCUGAAAAGACAGACAUUAAGCCGGUGAUGAGCCCUGGCAACACCAGUCCACCUGGAUCACAGGCAGGAGCUUGGCCGCCACCAUUAUUGAGAAUUGCCGCAUCACCACAUGACGCCCAUCUCCUAGCUACCUUUUCCCAGGAUUCCAGCGUUGUCCGCGUUCUCGAUGUGCGGCAACCAGGACAAGCCUUGCUUGAGCUAAAGGGACAUUCCGCUGCGCUUAAUUGUGUUGAGUGGUCCCCCAGUCGACGUGGUCAUCUUGCUUCCGGUGGAGAUGAUAGUCUCGUUCUCCUCUGGGAUCUUAUUAACCAGCACAAUGCCGUGCCGCUGUCACCUCCUGUCAACAACCCUGGUUCCCAAUCCACCACCACUGAACGCGGCCCUACCGCUGCCUGGCAAUGCGACUAUGAAAUCUCCAAUAUCAGCUGGUCUCCGCAGGGCGGAUCCAACCCCUCAGGCCAACCCCGGGAAUGGCUCGGUGUCUGUGGCGGACGUGGGUUUUGGGGCGUUGCACUAUGA